AUGACUAUACGGGCGUUCUUCUUGACGAUAGUUUUCGGGUCGUCCAGUUUCUGGCAUUUUGCAGAGGCUACAGAUGCCAGCUCGAGAAUCAAUACCAAUGAUCACCAGCAAUAUUUCUCCCCCAAGGCACUCACCGUUGGCCAUGGCAUCCUAUGGCCAACAUCGAAGCCGUCCAAAUUUGCUUUAACUUUGAAGUCUCCUAUUGCCACCAUUGAUUAUGGAUCAGAGGUGGCUGGGUACCCUUUUUUCGAAAUAGAAUCAGUUGAAGCGCCAGCACAAAUUGAAGUGAAGUACAGCGAGCCUUACCACGGGCUCCAUCAUGUUUGGGGGGAUGGCCCCUACACAUUCUCUACUGGCCUGUCCAAUGCUGUUCGAGUCGAAACUUUCAAUAUUACCAAAGCGGGGACAGUGAAGUCUUCAUUGAUCCAAGGCGGCCAGAGAUGGCAGUCUAUUCAGUUGGUUGCCGGGAACAAGGUCACGAUCUCCCAUGUUGGCUUUGAACCAACGGUUUCUGUCACAAAUCCGGACACACUCCCAGCCCGCUUUUCAUCCGACGAUACAGUGUUUAAUGCAAUCUGGAAAUUGGGACAGAAGGCAGCAACCAUGGCAUGUCUUGAGAAAGGUACUCAGAAGGCUGUUUGGGACAUUGACCCAGUCAAGGGGGCCUUUGUGCACAGUGUAAGGUCUUCACCAAACGUUGAGACUACCACUCUCGAAAAUUACACCUUGCAAUUUGAGACAUCUAUCGAGAGGGCCGGACUAUGGUGGUCGGUAGCUCAACCUGUAGGCGUUGGCAAUGCUAUUCAACUACUACUUGUUGGAGAACUACCCGAGACUUCCACAUUCGCCAACACCAAUAGGUCCUUGACCCCUCCAAAUAGUAUUCUGUUGGCAUACGGAUAUGGCUUCGUCAACCAAACCACUUUGGAAUCAUAUCUGCUCGACACUUUCACCAUUCCAUUCAACGUGCAUGAGAAGGAGUGGUAUACAGUUACUACUGUUUUGUCAGGUGACGAUCACCUGGCUGUGCAGCUUAACGGCAUUUCUAUCUUCAACGUCUCGCUAUCGGAUUACUACACCGGUGGUUCUCAAGUCUCACUUAGUGGAUCCUUUGGGCUUGGAGCCUACCAAGACCAAGCUGCCUGGGUUCGCAAUGUCAAGGUCCACGACAGUGCGAAUGGCUCUCUCUUAUACGUGGACAGCCUGCGCGAUAAGAGUGCUUUGGUACGCUAUGGGACACAGGCUAACCUGGGAACUGUCUGCUUGGAUGGGCCGAAACGAGACCGCCUGGUCUGGUUGGGCGAUUUUUACCAUACUUCCCGUAUCAUCGGUGCUAGCACUGACCGAUUCGAUUGGUCACGCGGGACUUUGUCAUUCUUACUCGACACCCAAGUCUCUAAUGGCCAACUGUGUAUCGCGCCAGCUAUGGGGUAUAACCCGUCGACCACCAUUGAUGCUUUCAGUCCAAACGGCGCAUAUCAUGGCCUGGAAGACUACCAGAUUCUUGGAUUCCUGGGGUUCUAUCAUCUGAUUAAACAAACGAACGACCUGAAAUAUGCCGCCCAAACUUGGCCGCAGUGGCAAAAACAACUGGCCUGGCUUCUGAGCACGAUCAAUGCCACGGAUGGACUGGUGGAUGUAUACAGCGCAUUUUUAGGCUCAGCACAGGGAGGUUCUGCAGUCAGUUGCCUCACAGUUGAAGCUCUCAACGGAGCCUCAGAGAUUGCCAGUGUACUGGGGAACCAGACUGCCGCCAGGACAUAUAAGGAAUCCGCCGAGAAGCUGGCUGAUGCUGUUAAUACUCACCUUUGGAACGAUGAGCUUGGAGUUUACUCUCUCAGUCGAUCAAACAAGAGCGACUUUAGCGUUGCUGGUAUAGGACUGUGCAUAACUUCCGGGGUCGCAAACUCAACCAGGGCCUCACAAGCCGUGUCUUCGCAAAAUUUGAGUCAGCUGAAGCUUGGACCUGGGUACAAGGAUGAUACUACGGUAAAUGAAGCAGCUUCCAGUGUCUCCAUUUCACCCAACACCAAUGGCUUCUUGCUACCCGCUUUGUUUAUGGGAAAUGCCACCACGGCCGCGAAGGAACUCCUCCGAUCCAUGUGGGGAGCGAUGCUAUCGGAGGGCGUGGAAACCGGUAUCGGGAAUGACACCACAGCCACCGGUGCAAGCUGGGAAUAUCUUGACGUGGACGGUGCCCCCGGCUUGAGUCUUUUCACUAGCCUAAGCCACCCAUGGGGAGGAGCAGCAACAUACGUUCUCACAGAAUGGGCCGCUGGAUUGCGUCCUGCUGACGGACCCAAAGGAUUUGGGUAUAAGAAUUGGCUCUUGGCCCCUGAGACAGGGUUGCAGAUGGGCUUGAAAAAGGCGAGCGCUCGAGUUGUUACGGAAGGGGGAGCUACUUUGUUCGUUGCAUGGGAAGUUGACGGAUCCAUGCUGGAUGUGAAAAUUGAUGCGCCUCAUGGUACUACAGGGAGGAUUCAAAUUGGCAGCAGAUAUGAGAGAGUUAGCGGGGGAGGUAUUCAGUCAGUUCGAAUUCCACGUUGA